AUGACUAGUCUUGGUUUAAAAAGAAAGCUACCUUCCCCUGAAAAACCUAAAGAUCCUGAGCUGACUGUAGAAGAGGCAUUACAGCAAGAGAUUCAAAAAUUGGAAGCCACCAUAGCUACUAUGAAAGUUGAAAUAACAAAAAAAGAAAACUCAUUAUUAGCAGAGAUAAAUUCUUUACAAACAGAAGUUGAUGAAAAUAAAUUUACAGUGGACAGAUUUAAACACAACACUGCACAUUUUAAAUUUUACACUGGUUUUGAAAGCUACGAAAUGUUUAAACUUGUACUUGAAUAUUUACAACCAGCUGCUGACUCUCUAAUAUACUGGGGAUCAAAUACUAACAUUGAAAACACAAAAACCUAUAAUGGUAAACGUGAGCGAUCCAGAGCUACAACAGCUGAAACAGAAUUUUUUAUGAUUCUUAUUAGACUUCGCUGUGGAUUUCCUAUUGAAGAUAUGGCAAUACGAUUUAACAUGUCGACUAGUAAUGUAAGUCGAAUAUUCAUUACUUGGAUAGACUUUUUGCACACUCAACUGAGAGUACUUCCUAUAUGGGCUUCAAAAAAAACAGUAGCAGAGACAAUGCCAAAAUGUUUUAAAGAUUUAUAUCCCACAACACGUGUUAUAAUAGACUGUACAGAAAUAUUUACAGAGAUGCCUUCUUCAUACCGCAGCCAAUCAGCUACUUUUUCCAGCUAUAAACAUCACAACACUGCUAAAGGAUUGGUAGGGAUUGCACCAAGUGGAGCAGUUACAUUCAACAUGGUGACUCGUUUAAUGGCUGAUCGAGGAUUCGAUAUUGAAGAGGAUUUACCUGAUGGAGUAACUCUUAAUAUACCUGCGUUUCUAAAAGGUAAAACACAACUAGAUUUGGGAGAAGAACUUGAAACUAGAAGAAUUGCUUCUGUAAGAGUUCAUGUGGAGAGAGCAAUUAAUCGAGUUAAAAACUUUAAAAUUUUACAGUCAAUAUUUCCAUUGUCAAUGGCACCUGAUUUAAAUAAAGUCUGGUAUAAACUAUUAAAUCCAAUUCACUAA